AUGGAUCAGCAUUAUCACCCAGCACCUCUGGGCCAUUACUCUGCGCCAGAGACUGUUCCUCAUCGACUAUUACCGUCCAGAAGUAGCUUGUCUCUUCAGGCUACAAUACGGCAUAUAACAGACCAAGGACCUGUACAUACCAGCAGAACAUGGACGAGUAGUGGCGAUCACAACAUCCUAAGCGAUACCGAUGAAUUGGACGAUCGAGCCGCCUUUGUUCAGGAAUACAACCGCCUAGCAAAAAAGAAUGGAGUGCGGAUAUUGGUGAUUGACGACUUUGACUUUAGGCAUACUGAAAACGGACUUGGUAGUCCUCGCAAGCAAGGAUGGCUUUAUCGAAUCCUACGGUCCUCUUCCAAUCAUCCUACAGCAGAUACACAACCAGCUCGCCAAGGACCUCGUCAUAAACGCAGUGUUUCCGAUCUCGCCCACAACUUGAUACAUCGUCGAGAUAAUCCAAAGAUACUCGAUCUGCAGUCGAUGGUCAGAAUAUGUGGCAAGAGCAUGCUCUACCUUCCACCUGAACAUACACCAUCUGCUCUCAUACUUCCAACUUGCAUUCGAGCUACUGCGCAUCACAUCGCUCAGCAUGUCACUACUCGAGGGAUCUUUCGUAUACCGGGGUCAAUCAGAGUAGUCAAUAUGCUGUUUGAUUAUUACUGCUGUACCGACAAUAUCGAGAUCACAAACACUGUGCGAUGCGCAAACCUACCGAUGCAUGUGCAGGCUUCUGUCCAUGAUGUGGCGUCAACUUUCAAGCGCCUACUUUCGGUAAUGCCCGGUGGAAUACUUGGUUCCUUGGCACUCUUUGAUGCUUUGGUCGCAAUCCAUUCGCAGUUACAGGGUGAUCCAGAGUUCCCUCGCACCAAACAGACCAAGGUUCGGGCUCGACUCAUCGCCUUGGCUAUCGCAACGGUCCAAUCCCAAUUCCGAAGGGAGCUCAUCUGCGCUGUCUUUGGACUUUUGAGUCUUAUUGGACGGGUGGCAGAAAUCACCCCCAGAGAAGAUGAAGAAGGUAGAUCACUACCCACAGGAGACCUCAUGGGCUACAAUGCACUGGGUAUCGUAUUUGGACCUCUCCUCAUCGGCGACUUGCUUGGACUCUAUUCUAUGAAGCUGGCCACCCCAAAGGCAGGGUUGCUGGUGCUCCCAUUGAGAUCUCCAAGAUCACGACAAGAUCGAAACGUAAGGAAGACACUCGGGAAUGAGCUUGCAACGCCCCCAACAAUGGACAAAAUUCUCAUCGCCAAUACCAUCACAGAAAUGCUUAUAAUCAAUUGGAGAGAUGUGGUCCGACAAAUGAAGUCACUCGGCAUGAAUCGACCUCACCCACGACCAAUGAGUCCCCAAGAUGAUGCCAACGAGAAUAGUUUUGUUAUCAGGAAACCACAAGGUUGGGAUCAGGAAUGGCGAGGAAGCGAGGUGGGAGAUCAGAUCGCCAGAGAAGACAGUCCAGAACCGCCUACACCUACGCUGGGCAUAUCCAAACAGCGGUCGCGAAGUCGUGAGAGUUCAGCAUCGAAGAGGCUCGCAGCCAGACCCAAUAUUGGUUGCUUAAGUCCAACUGUGGAAGAGAGUGUGCACGACGAGGAUAAGAGCCGAAGAUCAACACAACCAGGGGAAGGCAGUAGCUAUGUUCAAACGCCGCACAAUUUGCUCGAGAAGCCGACAGAUGCAGUUCACUUGGAAGGCAGCAAGGAUGCGCCAACGAAGCAUACACCGCAGAGUGAGAGUGCGUAUAUCGCUCCAACACCCACCCCAGCUACAAGGACCAGAGGACCGUUACAUCGAGAUAGUUCCCAUCUGUCUCAAGACGAUGUACCACCGCGGACGUCCUCAAAAAGGGGGACAAAGACAACCCCUCUUGAACAAACCAGUGUCGAAGAACCUACAAGUCAGGACACUUCGAGAGUCUCAACAAUGGAAACCCCAUCAAUUGAACGAAAGGGUGCCAUAAGAAAGAAAAAUCCUGGAAAGGAAAAGACUCUCAAGUUACAUCGACGUUCCCUUGCAGUUGAAUGGUCAAAACCUGUCAGGCCAUCAGAUACAUCCAUGGACAGGCCAAAAUCAACCAGCCUGGAGUUCUCAUCCGAGAAGGAGGCCCUUGAAGCUGCACUCAAAGCGCAUUUCGAGGAACUCAGAGAGUUGGAUUCCUUGGACCAGCGCAAUUCAGCCUCUGUUAAUGCUGAUCAGAACUCGCAGGUGUCAACUUUUGCCAACAAUCCCAAGGUUUUACAACUUCCAAUGGAUAGCCCAGAAGAGGAGGGCGAGUACACUGUUCGUGGGGAGAAGUCAACACGAACCCAGGCUCUACAAGAAGCCAACUCUGCUUCAACAACACCAAGGCAGUUUUAUUCACCAAUGCAGAAAGUCUCUUCUGGUGCGCAAGGAGAGUUACCCAGAGAUGAAUUGCAGAGUCUUGAAUAUAGUGAGUCACAAAAGCAAGCCGAGGGCAUUGGCACUGAAACCCCGGAACGACGACACUCUCGAGUUGUGUCUUUGCCUGCCGAAACACCAAAGACCGAAAGGCAGCGCACUGCAUCUUCUCCCUGGUUCUCUGUCCCAAAGAGAAAACCAAGGGCAUUGACACGUCCAAGCUUGUCAGCAGCAAACAAUCCAGGGGGCGUCCGAGCCAUGGCUGCCAAACUUGAAACCACUCAUUCAACCGAGGCAUCUCCAACAAAACCCAGAAGUGCAAGCAAAACCCAAGAUCUCAUAUUACAAUUUUCGCAAGAGUCACCGACGAAGAGUAUCCGUUCGACAAGUUCCGUUUCAGCCUUGGGGAACAAACGGAAUGCUUCAAUUUCAAGCCAGGACCGGCGUUCUCGUUUACCGUCAGCAAUAAACACCGUUCGAGAUGGGGCUCUUGACCAGGAUUUGCGAGUCUCAAUCAGGGAAGAGGCAGCAAUGAAGGCAGUUGAGCUUCAACAAGCUGAUAAGGGGCAAAAGACAAGCUCCCAUGAGCAACCGGAGAUGUUAGCUCAACGGCAAACGAUCCCUAUGAGGAAGCCAGUUCCAGGAGUCAGGGGUAAAGAGGCAUCAUUAGAGAACCCAAGAAGUCUGGGAACAAUGAUGCCAUACCCUGAACAACCCCCUAUCGCUCAACACCUCAAUCUUAUGAGACCAGCAUCCUCUGCAUCGAAUGCACAAUACGGAACAGAUUCGUCAGUUCCUCACAUUUCAACUCCUUUUCAACGUCCUGGCAGUACAACUACUCUGCAUACACAAAUUCGAAGUCUCCAACGGCAACUAGACCUCAAGACAGAAGAAGCAGUCCAAUUGAGGAGGCAGCUUGAGGUACAAGAAGAUGCAGAUGUUGGAACACUGAGUCAACAACUACGAGAAGCCAAAAGGGAGGCACAAACGUGGAGGGAAAGGGCAGAGAGUGCAGAACGAAGAAUCAAGGUCUUUGAACGAUUCACAGCACGACUGAAAGGGAUACGAGAGGCUGUAGGAGUUGGUACGAGAGAUGCCGACACAGACCUCACAGAAAAUUACUCAGAUGAAGGUGCAGAUGGACAAAAAGAAAACACAUUCUUGGAGAAUGCAAUGGGUUACGAGAGUGAUAGUUCAGGGAGAACAGAAGAUGCUGGGGUCGUCAAAGCUCGAAUACGCCGUUGCCUCCAUGGCUUGACCGAUGGUCCUCCAGACAAACCAUCGUUUGGACUCGACGACAUCCAGAACACGGGUUUAGAGAGGCCAAAGCGGGAUAUCAGCCCGAGUACAGUCGAGGUCUGGAUGGCGGCGCAGGAGUUGCUACAUCUCGGUGAAGGUCAGGGCAAAUGA